AUGAGGAAGAAAUGGAUAUACGGUGUUGUCUAUUCCAUCAUCCAGAUAUAAUUUGUCAAGGGAGUAUGGGAGGAAAAUUGUGAAAGAGAAGAUGAGUAUGCUGUACCUGGCUCUGAUGUCAACCUGACCUGCCAGACCCAGACAAAAGCCUUUUUGGUACAGACACAGUGGUCCAAGGGCACUGAUAAGUCAUUGGCGGCUUCUAUCAGAACACCUGGAAAUGGUACAAAGUGGACUCUCUUAAGAAAUGUGUGCUCCUUAUUCAAUGGUAAGUAUGAGUGCAGCUUUAUGGUAUACCCAGUCAUUUCAACUAAAAUCUACAACUUUUUAUUCCAAAGGCACAUUACGCAAGAGGACUGGAGAUGCAGCCAUACAAUAGAAAUCAAGAUUAAUCGCAUGGAAAUACCAUGCUUUCAAAAUAGCUCCUCAGAAAUCACCUCUGAGAUCACCCUUGCAUGGUUGGUGCUGACCUUCGUAAGGAAUAUGUUGUCUACUUGGGUCUGGAAGUUGCAAAUGGAUUUAGUGGCCAGCUGUGUUCCUGGUUGUAUUGGUGUGAGAAGUCAAGAUGUUCGUGACUCAAUGCCAGUCUCUAGCAAUGCCUGCAUGAAGCGGAAAACAAAUCCAUUGGCCUUCAACGAAACUAGGAAGCUGAUAUGGGCAUUAUCUUUGAAUCCCAUAGGAUUCAAGAAGGAGGAUGAGAUAACCCAGGAAGAUCUAAUCACCUAAAAUCAUCAUAUCAACAACUCUCUGUCAUUUAAAGAAAGAAUUUGGCUAGUUGUCAUGGUGGAUUCCAUCUCUUCUCCAGUCCAAAUCCAUGAUGAUAGCAAGACAUUCUCUUGCUGUUUUACAGUCAGGCCAGACACAAUCUUGAGUAGCUCUACCACAGUCAAAGUUUUUGAGAAGAGUUUUGCUGUCUUAACCCACUGGCUGUCCUCCCUUCAAGGUCUCCUGCCUUAG